GUGUGUGCGCGCGUGUGCUGGGAGGAGGGGGAAUAGAUGCGUUCUCCGGUCAGGGCGGGUGUGCAAGGGGUGUGGAAGGGGGAUGCCCUGGGCUCAGGGAGGGGCCGCAGCUCCUCAAUCCCGGCAGAGCCGCGGGGGAGCUCCGCGCGAUCAGAGCCGGAGCCCCCAGUUUUUGCUCCUCGGCUUGAUAGCUCCCUCGAUCGUUCCCUCCCUUCCUCCCACCCUUCCUCCCCGCGGCCGCCCCGGCGCUGGGGAAGCGGCGAAGAGGAGUGGCCCUGCCCUGGAAGAAUGUGGCUUUGCCGAGGGGACAGAACCCGAUGCAGUCUCCCCACGCUCUGAGCAGCGCGGAAGCGACCCUACCGCGCGGGACGCGGACCCCGCACCAGAGCCGCUGGAGGCCCUGAUCGAUCUGCCCACCAGGGCCUCCGGGCCGGGCUUCGACAUGCUGGAGGAGCCCCGGCCGCGGCCUCCGCCCUCGGGCCUCACGGGCCUCCUGUUCCUGGCACUGUGCAGCCGGGCUCUCAGCAAUGAGAUUCUGGGCUUGAAGCUGCCUGGCGAGCCGCCGCUGACGGCCAACACCGUGUGCUUGACACUGUCCGGCCUGAGCAAGAGGCAGCUGGGCCUGUGCCUGCGCAGCCCCGACGUGACGGCGUCCGCGCUGCAGGGGCUUCACAUCGCUGUCCACGAGUGUCAGCACCAGCUGCGCGACCAGCGCUGGAACUGCUCGGCGCUCGAGGGCGGCGGCCGCCUGCCGCACCACAACGCCAUCCUCAAACGCGGUUUCCGCGAGAGCGCCUUUUCCUUCUCCAUGCUAGCUGCAGGUGUCAUGCACGCUGUAGCCACAGCCUGCAGUCUGGGCAAGUUGGUGAGCUGCGGCUGUGGCUGGAAGGGCAGCGGUGAGCAGGAUAGGCUGCGGGCCAAACUGCUGCAGCUGCAGGCACUGUCUCGGGGCAAGAGCUUCCCUCACUCUCUGCCCAACCCUGGCCCUGGCUCAAGCUCCAGCCCUGGCCCCCAGGACACAUGGGAAUGGGGUGGCUGUAACCAUGAUAUGGACUUUGGAGAGAAGUUCUCUCGAGAUUUCCUGGAUUCCAGGGAAGCUCCCCGGGACAUCCAGGCACGAAUGCAGAUCCAUAACAACAGAGUGGGGCGUCAGGUGGUAACUGAAAACCUGAAGCGGAAAUGCAAGUGUCAUGGCACAUCAGGCAGCUGCCAGUUCAAGACAUGCUGGAGGGCAGCCCCAGAGUUCCGGGCAGUGGGGGCUGCACUGAGGGAGCGGCUGGGCCGGGCCAUCUUCAUUGAUACCCACAACCGCAAUUCAGGAGCCUUCCAACCCCGCUUGCGGCCUCGUCGCCUCUCAGGAGAGCUGGUCUACUUUGAGAAGUCCCCUGACUUCUGUGAACGAGACCCCACUGUGGGCUCCCCGGGCACACGGGGCCGGGUCUGUAACAAGACCAGCCGUCUACUGGAUGGCUGUGGCAGCCUGUGCUGUGGCCGUGGGCACAACAUGCUCCGGCAGACACGAGUUGAGCGUUGCCAUUGCCGCUUCCACUGGUGCUGCUAUGUGCUGUGUGAUGAGUGCAAGGUCACAGAGUGGGUCAACGUGUGCAAGUGAGGGCCAACCUCCUUGUGGGGCUGGGAAAAGGGAGUGUGUGGGAGUGGUACCUUUUCAGCCCUUUGCUCUGAUUUCAGUCCAGGGUCAAUCUUGGUCCCUGGAAGCUCCAAGUGUCUCCCUGAAAACAGUUUUGGGAUGGUAGGGGCCAGGUGGAGGCUGUGAUGUGCAGCUUAUCCCCCACAGUUGGAGGGCCUGGGGUGGAGCUGUCAUGUCUCUUCUGCUCCUUAAAUACCUAAAUGGACUAAAAUGAAAUGCACUGUAUUGACCCCGAACUCCAGGGCCCCUUUAAUCCUGGUUCAUACUCCUUUUGGCUGGGGAGUCCUUAUAGAUUGACCACUCUUCUCCCUGGAGGGAUAGUCUCAGGCAUUGUGUGGAGCCAUAAGAUCUGUAUCCAGAGAGAGACCACCUACUCCUAUUUAUGGUACGGUUCCCAAACUCCUCUACUGCAGCCUGGGCCCCCUCUCGUGAGGUAAUGGGAGAUAGCAGUCGAAAGGCUUUUCUUGGAGAAGGGACAGAGGUGUUCUCCUCUGAGUCCUCAGAGAGUUGUCUGUCCAAGCCUUAGUGAAGCUGUCUUCAUUCAGAUGUUAAAGGGGGAUUCUCCAAAGGAAGAGUUGUACUUAAAAAUUCUGAGCCUCUUUUUCCUUUUUCAGCUGGAGGGGUGAGAAUGGAUAAUUUAUUGUACUGAGAUUUGUUUUGGGUUCCUAUUUGUAACUAAAAUAAAUUAAGUUACUGGA